CAGUCGCCAGGUCCUGGCCAACGGAUGCUGGAGGGACAACACUAGAGACACAAUCCUCCGGCUCUCAUCACCGGCAGACAUGGGGAGCAGAUGAAAAGAGAGAGAAAAAAAAAGUACCUGAUCUAGUAGAGUGAUGCCAGCCGCCAUGUGACCACGUGAUGGAAGUCGGUCUGGCAGUGCUGAGUGUUUUUCAGGUCACCUUAUUCGCACCUUUUUUUGGGCAGAUGAACUGGAUACGAAUGCUAGGAGAGGCAAUGCUCCCUCCCGUAUUGUGCCGGCAGAUGACGAUCUUUGGGCAUCGCGGGGAGAAUCUGGGGAAACAUCCACCUUCUGGAUCUGUCAGAACCGACUGCAAGUAUCGCCGGUUGUGGAAUGGACAUACUGUGCAAUCUCUCGACUGUAACCAUUUGACGUUGACCUUAACAUGUCAGUGUGUCUAUCUUUGCUUUUUCCCGGCCCCAUGCUGGCAUCUGGCGUCGUCUUGUGGCUUGUAUGAUGGGAGUGCGCAUGUCCACUGAUCUUCUUCACGUUGGCUUCCACCUACUGGACGUUAUACUCUAUGUGGACAUUUACGUACCUCCCAAAUAAGGCAGAACACCGACAGUUACGAGAUAAGGAAGGUCAGUAGGUGGAACGGUU